UCCUUCUAGGCAGAGAGUGGUGUUUUCGUGUUUUACAAUGCGCUUUUCGUAUACAUGGUGUGGUUGAGAUUCUACGUGUACAAAUAUUAACUGCAGUUUGAUUUCAAGCGAAAGAUGUGGCGCCUGGCGAAGGUUUUGAAAGAUACGCGACAGGUCGCCCUAAAUCGUUCUACCUCGUGCCUUUGGAAAGCUACUCGCAAUGAAUCUAGCACGUCUAAAGAUUCAGAUGUGAAAGAAGUUCCCUACAAUACAUUGCAGACAGAAGAUAAGCGAGCUCCAGACAGCAUUCCAGCAGAAGCUGAUGUUGUUAUUAUUGGCGGAGGCUCCGUUGGAUCCAGUACACUUUACCACUUGACCAAACUUGGGGUAAAAAAUGCUGUCUUAUUAGAGCGUGAUCAGUUAACAUCAGGAACAACCUGGCAUAGUGCUGGGCUGGUUUGGAGGUUACGUCCUAGUGAUGUGGAAGUGGAAUUGUUGGCAGCCACAAGAGUGCUUGCAAGGGAUGUCUUGGAACAAGAGACUGGACUUUGGGCUGGAUGGAAUGAAAAUGGAGGAUUGUUCAUUGCCAACAACAAAGAAAGAUUGGAUGAAUACAAGAGGCUGAUGACACUUGGCAAGGUAUAUGGUGUUGAAUCAUUUGUUCUGAGUCCUAAGGAAUCCAAAGACCUUUAUCCACUGCUGAACGUGGAUGACUUAUAUGGAACCCUCCACAGCCCUGGUGAUGGAACCAUUGAUCCUGCUAGCUGGGCUACUUCACUUACAAGAGCAGCUGUAAAGAAUGGUGCUCAGGUGUUUGAGAACUGUGCUGUUACUGGAAUUCAAACAGAAGUCAGUGACUUGGGAAUUAAACGAGUUUCUGCGGUACAGACUCCGAGUGGUACCAUCAAAACAAACUGUGUCGUCAACUGUGCAGGGGUGUGGUCACCAUAUGUUGGUUCUUUGUGUGGUGUCAGUGUCCCUUUGGUUGCCAUGUACCAUGCAUAUGUUGUGACAGAGAGGAUUGAGGGAAUUCAGAACAUGCCUAAUGUCAGAGAUCAUGAUGCCUCAGUUUAUCUCAAGCUCCAGGGAGAUGGCCUGUCUGUUGGUGGAUAUGAGCAUAAUCCAGUUUUCUGGGAUGAGGUCAGCAAUAAAUUUGCAUUCUCCCUCUUUGAUCUUGACUGGGAUAUAUUCAGUGCUCAUAUUGAAGGUGCAUGCAACAGAGUCCCAGUAAUAGCAGAAACUGGUGUCAAAUCCACUGUCUGUGGACCUGAAUCAUUUACCGCUGAUCAUAAACCAUUGAUGGGGGAAGCCCCUGAGCUUCGUGGCUUUUACCAUGGCUGUGGAUUCAAUUCUGCAGGUAUCAUGCUUGCUGGAGGGUGUGGCCGAGAAUUGGCACGUUGGGUGGUUCAUGGUCACCCUGAACUUGAUAUGUAUGGAUAUGAUAUCAGGCGCUUCCAUUCAUCGAUAACACCCAAUCAGAAAUGGCUCAGAGAGAGAAGUCAUGAGUCCUAUGCAAAGAACUAUUCAAUGCUUUUCCCACAUGACGAGCCCCUUGCUUCCAGAAACAUGCGACGUGAUCCUUUUCAUCAGGUUCUGUUAGAUAGAGGGUGUGUCUAUCAGGAGCGUCAUGGAUGGGAAAGACCAGGCUGGUUUGUUCCUAGUGAAGUAGCUGAGGUGAGGGAGUAUGACUACUAUGGGGCUUAUGAUGUGAAAGAACACCAGGAUUAUAAAUACAAUGAGUUACUGGGUCAGGAUUACACUUUUGACUUUCCACCACAUCAUGACAUUAUUGGAAAGGAAUGCCUUGCUUGUAGGGAGAGGGUAGCUGUGUUCAACAUGUCCUACUUUGCCAAGUUUUAUUUGACUGGACCUGACGCACAAAAGGCAGCUGACUGGAUUUUCACAAAUAAUAUGGCAAAACCACCAGGGCGCACAACUUACACAUGUAUGACAAACAAAGAUGGUGGCACAGAAGCUGACAUCACUGUGAGUGUCUUGGAGAAUGGUGAUGGAUCAAGUAUUGUAAAACCAAAAUUUGAGGGUGAUGGAUUCUACAUUGCUGUUGGUGGUGGUAUUGGUCAGCAUGGUUGGUGUCAUGUGCAAAAUAUUCUUCAAGACCAACAGUACAAUGUAAAGUUUGAAGAUCAUUCAGAGAAAAUGGGGAUGUUGAGUGUUCAAGGGCCCAAGAGUCGUGAGCUGCUUCAGUGCCUGACCUCCGCAGAUCUCAGCAAUGAGGCAUUUCCUUUCUCCACGCACAAAAUCAUCAAUGUUGCUGGCCAUGAUGUUCGCGCCCUAAGAAUCACUUUUGUUGGUGAACUUGGUUGGGAGUUGCACAUCCCAAAUGACUCCUGUGUACCUGUUUACAAAGCACUCAUGGAAGCAGGUAUAGAAUUUGGUGUUGUGAAUGGUGGCUACAGGGCUCUUGACUCACUCAGUGCAGAGAAGGGCUAUAAACAUUGGCAUCAGGAUUUACGACAUGAUGACACCCCACUUGAGGCUGGCUUGGGAUUUACUUGCAAACUGAAGUCAGAUACCCCAUUCCUUGGGAGAGAAGCUCUAGAAAAACAGAAAGCUGAGGGUCUCAAGAAGAAGCUAGUUUGCUUUACUAUUGAAGAUCACAAAGCUCUUUUGGGUCUUGAAGCAAUAUGGCGAGAUAAUGAAGUGGUUGGUUUCAUCCGAAGAGGAGAGUUUGGAUAUGCUAUCGGCAAAAGCCUGGCUUAUGGAUAUGUGAGAGAUCCUAGUGGAAAACCUGUCACAACAGAGUUCUUGAAGACUGGAAAAUAUACCAUUGAAUCUAUGGGAGAGCUGUUUCCUGCCAAAAUACACCUGAAAGCACCUUUUGAUCCAAAAAAUCUUAGAGUACAAGGAGUUUAUGAUGAUGAGGCUUGCCCAAGUUAUGGCACUGCUUCCAAUUGACUCUGAUAUCAUAAAAUUGUUGUGCACGAUUUUGUAAGAUAAUAUAUUUUAGCUGGCUAUCACUAUUUUCUUUUUUUUUUGUGGGGCAUGACAAGAGUAAGUAAAAUUGACAAUUUUCUGUAUCUAUCUGUUGCAGUUUUUAACUUGUAAUAUCCAAUCACUCUGAGGAGACAAGGAACAGUUUAUUUGCAUGAGCUAAAGUUCAUCCAGGCUGUACUAUACUAUCACUCAAACCCUUAACACAUAUAUUUCAGCCAAAUCAUCACCAAAAUCCUUUGUUUUCUAAAUUGAUGUUGAGUUUUGGUAAUUGCACUAGGUUUUUGAAUAAAUACAGUGUUAUUCUGUGUCUACCUACAUGCAAUUUCAUCUAGUCAAGCCGUGCUUAUCUUUUCCAUGAUGGAAAUUAAUGUCUGUAUAGAACUAUAUUCCAUAAAGUGGCAAAUCAGAGAAGGGACUCUCUUUAAGCUAGACCGCCAAACUAUCCUAGAUCCUUUGAAAGGUCAACUUUGUAACA